AUGAUCAACACGCAGUCCCAAACAUUGGAAGCCUGUUGCGCAGAGUACGAACGAAGAUAUGGACGAAAGCCUCCUCCACACUUUGAUACCUGGUUCCAAGUAGCCCAGGAACAAGGAUUUUUGUUAGUUGACGAGUUUGAUUCCAUGAUGGCAACUAUGGAGCCAUUGUGGGGCGUGGCACCUUCUGAUAUCCGAGCUCGAGUUGAGAACGUCAUCGAAGCAAGUCAGGGACAAGGCAUGUAUCGAUUGACGGUUUCUGAAGGUUCGUUCACUAAUAUCGGUAACUGGAUGUCAUCGGUAUUUGGGACUUGGUUCAAGCCCAAUGUUCUUGAAACCUUACCUAACAUGACCCUUGCGAUGAAUACGAUGGAUGAGCCUAAGGUCGUGGUACCCCAUGAUAUGCUCUCUCAUGCCAUGAAAACUGCAAGAAAUCGCCGGAAAGACACACCUUCUCCUGGGAAAAAUCCCGAUCUCGCACAACAUGUCGAUUUCCUGAGUAUUGGAAAGCAGAAUACAUGGGAUGCUUUAUCCGUAUCCUGUGCCCCUGACACUAUGGCGCGAGACUUCUCUCUAGAGGCCAGGAAAUCCCCAUAUCUAACAGAAAUGGGCUUCCUUUCCAAUGUGACACUCAGCAAGGAUGUUUGCCAGUUUCCUGAACUUCAUAAUAUCCAUGCUGGUCUUCGUCACCCAGACUCAAUGACAUUGACCCACGCACUCGUUCCAGUUUUCUCUCAGGCGAAAGCAACCUGCUUCAACGACUUGUUAUACCCAAGUCCGUUCUACGUGGAGAAAAUGCGAAUGGAAGAGUACAAAGAAAAGGAGGACACAGAAUGGGAAGAAAAAAAGAACAUUGUGUACUGGACCGGAUCAAAUACCGGCGGUCGCUCCACGCACGAGAACUGGAGAUCUCUACAACGUCAACGCUUAGCACUAAUGACACUCGAUAAAAACCGGCCUAUCAACCUGCUCAACCGAGUCCAAAAAUUUGGGGGACUUAGCUCAGAAUGGGUGUCUAUCAAUUCAACUAUUGCAUCGAUAUCCAACAACACGCGGGUCCGAAUCUCAGCCGCUAUCCAGUGCGAAGAAGACGCAUGUGCUGAGCAGAACGAGGAAUUGCAAAUUCAAACUGGUGAGCGAGAUGAGAUUAGUGCAGGCUAUGAGGCCCGGUAUAAUCUCGACAUUGAUGGAAAUGGUCUCAGCGGACGCUUCUAUCGUCUCCUUAUGUCUAAAUCAGCCGUUUUGAAACAGACUCUCUACCAGGAGUGGCAUGAUGACUGGUUGAUUCCAUGGGUGCAUUACGUACCACUCAGUAUGGAUUUGAGGGAUUUCCCUGAGAUUGUUCGUUACUUGACUCAGGAGCCCGAAGGAGAGGCACUGGGGCAGAAGGUUGCUCAGAACAGUUAUGAGUGGUCGCGUCGUGUGCUUCGCAGUGAGGAUAUGAAACUCGUUUGGUGGAGGCUUAUGCUGGAGUAUGGGAGACUUUUUAACGACGAUCGGGAUGAGAUGUACUAUCGGGUUUAG